UAACAUUCCACAGAAAAUAUCAAUUAAAAUUGAUCGAAAUUCCCGGAAAUACAGUGUUUUUCGGAAAAUAUCUGACGACGAAUCAGUACUAUCAACAGGGAAUGAAUUGAAAUCACAUAUAACUGAUCAGAAACCAAUGAUAACGAUCGAUUCGUCUUUAGAUUCUUCAUCCGAUACAAUUUAUAAUGAACCAUUAUCAAAAGUUCCGGUACGAAAACGUUCAGCACUCCUUCUUCAAUCAUCAUUCACAAAAAAUAAUCGUAAAUUUUGUUGGAGAAUGGUUGAUAAGAAGAGAAAAAAUUUUCAUAUUGGAUUAGCAUCACCAACAAUUUCACAACAUUCCUUCGAAUUUAAUGAUUUAUUUGAGUUUUAUUCGGAAGAUAAUAAACGAGGCCAAAGAAAUAGCAAAUUUAAAAAGCGACGAAAUUUGCUUAGCUCAUUGAAAGUGUCAUCUGCUGUUGACAUUAAAAAAAACUUUCCCAAUGCUAUGCUCAAACAUAGAAGGAAAGAUUUAGAAUUUGAUGAAUUUAUUCAACGAAAAGAUUUCAAUCUAUCUGAAAAUAGCGACAGGCAGAUAAAAGUGCGAGGAAAGGAUGAAAUUAGGAGUUCCGAGCCAAAGAUUACUUUGGUACUUGAAAUGAAACUAAAAAUAUCAGAUAAGCAAGUCAGAUGUAGUGCACAUAGCAGAAUUGGUGAGGAAACGGUGGUUGUGACAUGUGCAGGUGAUUAUGGUGAUAUGGAAUCGAUACUGAAAUGGACUAUUGAUCGAAAGGUAGAAGAUGGGCAAGAAUUAUGGGUAAAUGAUCCAGUUGUUGAUACAUCUAAUUGGGAUAACAGAAGAUUACAAAUGAUUUCAGAUGUGACUUUCAGGCCUUAA